AUGACAUCUGUAUGUGAUUGUACAAGUUUACAUUUUACUCAAAAUGAUAAAACAGAUUCAUUCAAUUUAAUCACUGGUUGGGAAGGGUCGGCUAUUUUGAGACAUGUCUCAAUUAUACAAUUUGGUUGUUAUAAAUUCAUUUUUAGCUUAGUCAAUCAUUCUUUACCUUCCUAUCCAUCAUCAUCAUCAACUUCAUCAUCAUCCUCAACUUCAACAUGGAUGACAAUGAAUAAUAGUUCAACACAAUCUCCUCAUGAAUCACCAAUAUUACUUACAGAUUCUUUAUCAGUAGUAACAAAAGAUUUUUUAAAAUUAUCUAAAAAUAACAACUUACUUGUUCAUUAAUUUUGUUUUAUUCCUUUAUUAAAAUAAAUA